AUGGUUCAGUGGAAAGGUUCAAGGCUCGACUCACCGCCAAAAAUUAUAAUCAAAUUGAGGGAGUUGAUUUUGACAAAACCUUCAGUCCAGUGGUUGAAGAAGGCUUUCCUGUGUAACUCCUCUCUCUUCAUUUGGAUGUCUUCUCAAGACACCAUUUUGCUACUUCUUUAUGUUGAUGAUAUAGUUCUUACAGGAAGUUGCAUCUCCCUUCUAAAGGCUUUGGUAUCUAAUCUAAACUCCAAGUUUGCUAUGAAAGAUAUGGGUGAUCUCCACUACUUUCUUGAAAUUGAAGUUAUACGCUGCCUGGAUGGUUUAUUGCUUAGCCAACACAAGUAUGCAAUGGAUAUAUUAGAACACACUAAGAUGACUUGUGCCGGUCCUAUUCAUACUCCUAUUGCUACAAAAUAUGAGCUUUAUGAUACCGGAGGUCCUCCUAUAAAUGCCUUUGAGUUCCAAAGUAUAGUUGGUGCCCUGAAAUACUUAACUCUCACUCGGCCUGAACUUGCCUAUGAAGUUAAUCUCCUCUGCCAGUUUAAGCAACACCCUUGUGACACUCAUUGGACUGGUGUAAAGCGAGUACUUCACUACUUAGCAGGAACUACACAACUUGGCCUUCACAUCACUGCAAAAUCCUCUUUCAAUUUAGUUGGUUUUAUCGAUGCAGAUUGGGGUGGUUGUCCUAUCACGUGA